AUGACGCCACGGACGGUGAAAGCACGUCAAAGGGAAGAUUCACCUGCAUGUGUCAUUGCCUCUCUUGUUCUCUUGGUGGCACUGCUGAUGUUUGGGGUCAUAUUUGUGAGACUCUGGUUGCAGAAUAUUCUGGAAGAGCCUUCAGUUCAGGAUCCAGCUCUGGACCCUCCUGACAGCAUGCAUGAUGACUGCUCAUCCACAGCUGCAGUCGUCACAGAGGAGGAAAUCCUGCAGAAAUGGGAUUCAGAUAAAAACUUCAGUCAAGCCUGGAGUGAUGCAGAGCGAGAAGCCAGAGCUCCUGCACACGUCUACAUGGAGAAACAUCAUUCCAUCGCCGUCUACAUGUUCACAAGUGUUACACUGCAGCCUCACAAACGAAGAAGGAAGAGCUCAGGAAGGACUGGAGAACAGGAAAAGGAGACGUUUGAGUCCCGCUCUCUUUAUUCAGCCCUGAGUGAAGCGGUUCAGAUUCUACGGCACAGUCAGGUGACGUGUCUGAGUACAACUUACACAUCGAACACACUCUCCAGUCAACACAUCUCUGACAAACUAAUACGCUUCAGCAGCUUUAUACUAGGCUCUGAUUGGUUGAACUCUACAGGAAACACUUCCUGUUUUGAAGUGUACACAUGUUUUGGUGCAAAUGUGACGCUCUACUCGGCCCUGAAGCAGAGCAGCCAGGUCCUGAUUCCUCCGUACGAGGUGUUCAAAGUCACAGACAUCCAGACAAACACGCAGGAAUGUAAAGUCCUCUACAAACUGAAGAGCAACCUGGACUGUGUUUAUGACAGAGAGAGAGAAAAACUGCAUCCAAUAUCUGCUUUCAGUGAGGGAAGAUUCUGGCUCAUCUUCAUCAUCACGUGCAUCUUUAUUGUGUCUCUGCUGCUGAUAUGUGUCGCCGUUAAGGUGUUAAAAAACUGUAAGAGGAAGGAUGAUUACAGGGCUGCGUGCAUGCAUGAUUAUAUCUUUUAUCCUGGUAGUGUUAACAUGAUGUGACUGCACA